GCUAGAGAGGCAAGAAGGCUAAAAGAGUUUUUAGAAGACUAUGAUGACUUGAAAGAUGAUCCCAAGUUUUACAAAGGCAGUGCCUUAAUGAGGAGAUUAAAAGAACGAGAAAAAGAGAAAGAACUAGAUAACAGAGACCGUCAGAGAGAGAAAGAAGAGUUUGAAGAAAUCAAAAGGAAACUAUUUGAUGAUGGCCAUCCUGAUGCAGAGACAGAAGUGGCUCGGAUGGAGAGAGAAAGGGAAGAGCAUCUUCAGCCUUGUCUGCACUUACAGGAAAUCAAACCUCCUGAACCUGUUGUCACUAGUUCAGACUCUGAAUCAGAUGUAGAACCUCCAGCAGAGACACAGAGACAUCAUGUGGAAUCCCCAAAGGUGCAGCAGCAGCAGCACAUUCAGCACAACCGCCUCCAGUCUUUGGCAAGUCAGCAAAAGCCUUCACCGACUCUGUCCACAUCUCCAGUGUCUACAGACUCUCGGAUCAGUGGCCCAGGUCCUGGUGUUAGUCCUGAUUCUUCCAGUUUACCUGGCCUUCCAACCCUAGCCGAUGGUAAGCGUAAAACAUUCACAGUUGGAGACGUUUUUAACCAGGAUGAUGAUGAUAGCAUGGAACCCAAGAAACGCAAAUUGAUUCCUCUUGAUUAUGAUGAGGAGAAGUCUACUCCCAAUGAUCAGAAAUUAGCAUCGGCAGAAGACAAACGACAGCGAAUCAAACAAUUGAUAGAAAGCAUUCCUACAGCUAAGGAGGAGCUCUAUGCUUAUUCUGUAGACUGGGAAAUUGUGGAUCAGAAUCUGAUGGACAAACGAAUCAAGCCAUGGGUGACCAAAAAGAUCAUAGAGUACAUUGGAGAAGAAGAGCCAACACUGACUGAGUUCAUCUGUCAGAAGGUAGUUGCCAGGAGCACACCACAAAGUAUACAGAAUGAUGUGGCUACUAUUCUGGAUGAAGAAGCUGAAGUUUUUGUGGUGAAAAUGUGGAGGCUUCUAGUGUAUGAAACAGAAGCCAAGAAACUCGGACUUGUCAAAUGA